AUGCCAUCCGAGACUGGAAAUGCUUCACUCUUGCUGGAAAACCUCAUCAAUGUUCAUACGAACAUCAAUCUCAGUAACUUGAUUCUGGUUUUAAAAGAAAUUCUAGACACAUCGUCAAACAAUUCUGUACGAAUUGCAGCUCUUGAACAGUCGUUUGUCACUCAAACAGAACUCCGAAAGCAAAUUAAUAAUUUAAAAGAUGAUAUUAAGGGUUCUAUUGGUGACUCUCUCAAAGAAAAUCAAGAUUUAAUUUUGGAUUGUGUCAAGAAAGAUAUUCAAACCAGUGUCAAAUCUGUUGUUGAUAGAGAGGUUUCAUCAAUAACAGCAGAAAUUAUAGAACAUAAAACAAAGUAUGCAGAAAAGAUUCGACAAAUAGACAUUACCAUGGCAGAUCACUUCAAAUCCAUGAUAGACACAACGAACAAAGGCGACAGAAAGGUCACCUCUGUUCAACAAUUAGUCGACCGACUUGAAUAUAGAACCAUCAAGUUAGAGGACUCGGUACGAGAAUAUGCUGACAAUUUCAAAAAAUUGCAAAAUCGAUUGUCAAGAAUUAAUCAAUCUCUUAAUAAGGGAAAUACUGCUUUCGGAGAUAAUGAAAUCAAUGUGGAUGAAGGUGACACUGAAGGUGCUGAAAUUAUAAAAAAAUCAGAAAAUGCAGCCAAGAAGAAGAGAAAAUCUUCUAAAGCCAAACGAAAAUCAACUGCAGAGACGCCCAAUAGUGGUGACAAUUCUUCAUCAACUCGUGUAAAUAAUGAAGGCGACGCGUCAACUCCAACUGCAACCACCACCGAAAAUAAGGAACCUAAAUCCGAGGAACAACAACAACCUCUCAUCAUUAACAAGCGAAUAACGUCUCUACAAGACGAAGCAACUCCUGAAACCCCAACGACCCAACUCACACCUCUCACUGAAACCACUGAUUCUCCUAACAGCUUAAUAGAUCAAAAUUCUGCAAGUUUUUCCGAUUUGAAUGCUCCCAUGCGACUACAAGGAGAUUUAACUUUAACAAAAAUUCAAACCAAAGUGAACGAAUUGAAAGAUUAUGUCGACAGUUUGAAAGAAACUCUUCAACACCGUAUUGUCACCCUGAAACAAGACAUGAGAGAGGAAUUCACAGUCAAUAUUUACAACACAAAAAAGGAGUUGGAAGAUAAAAUCAAUGCCAAGAUGGAUAAAAAAGAUGUGUAUCACUUACUUGGAUUUAAGGCAAAUUCAAAAGAGUUGGAAAAGAUCAAAUCUGACUAUGAUUUCAUCAUGUCCAUGUAUGCCAAACUCGAUAAGGAUCUUCAACAAUUCAAAGAGAAUCCACCUGCAAAUUUCAUGAAUUUUCGACAAGGUUCCCCACUCGGUUUUUCAACUAACAAUUUCCCUUCAGGAUCGUUGAGAGAAGAAAAUGGUUCAAUGCAACAACGAAAAUCCAAAUCGACCACUGACGAUCCACUCGACAUUAACAAUCGAAUAACAUCUCCCAAUAAGGAAAGAAUGCCUCAACUCUAUGGCAAUUCAAAUUUUGGAGCUAAAAUGUUGGCAAAGAAUAGAACUAACAAAGGUAAUUCUGGUGAUUCACGACCACUCACACAACAAACUCUCAAUGCACUCACGAUUAUUGACAAAUUAACACAACGAUCCAUAAGUGCAUUAGAAUUUAGAAAUGAAGGAGGACCAACCCCAACCACGAAUGGAGAACCAGCUGUCGAUGGAGAGGUUAAUCUCAUUGGAAGUGACGCUAAGAUUUAUAGGUUUGGCAAUGUGGACAAGAAAUUACUGGCAGCGAAUUCAAAUUCACCUGUGCAAUUGUCGGAUUCUGAAGAGGAAUUUGCACAACGUACAGCAGCUGCCUACAUGGGAAAGGCACCAACCAACUUGGUCACCAAAGAGAAGCAACAAAUCAAUAAGAACAAUAAUUAUCCAAUGACCUUGUCGAGGUUACGAAAUGAAGUUAAAGAAUUGCAACAAUCCGAGUUGUUCAAAUAA